AUGUCCAAAUUGUCGGACCAACUAAAGACCCUCAAUGGUCCUUCGGAGCUUCGCGUGAGUAAUGGAACAACUUUCCAGAUUGGUGGUCUGGUGAAGGAUCUCAGUAAGCUGACCCUAUCAAUCUCGCUCUGCUCCGCCGGGGUGCUGCUUGUCGAGUAUAUGAAAGACUUAUUCGAAUUGAUUGUAAUUGGACCGUGUGGUGCCGGUCUCCACCUCACAUUGGUUGUGGUUAUAGUAUUCGACAAGAUUUUGCUCCAUGCAAGAGUCCUUUGA